AUGCCGCCCUCGAAAUUCCCCGAGAUACAGCCAGGCGGUUCCCUCAUCGUCGCAUGGCAGGCUAAGAACAAGCAUAUCCUAGUGGUCGGCGGGGGCGAGGUACAGUCCAACCCAUCCAUUCGUAUAUACGGGCAUACAAUUGAGGCUGCUGCUGCUGCGAAGGGGGGAGGGGACAAACUAACCCAACCCAACCAUUGCUUGCAGGUAGCAGCCGGGCGCAUCGUUCACGGGCUCAAUGCAGGCGCAAAGGUAACUGUGAUAAGCCCAUCCUCAGGCCUCAACGACGAAGUCUCCUACCGUAUCGCCUCCAAACAAGUCUCGCACAUCGACCGCAAAUUUGAACCGCAUGACCUUGAUCCGGAAAAGAACGAUGGCAUAGGGGUGGUAGAUAUGGUGCUUGUUGCUGUCGAUGACCCAGAGGCCUCAACGCAGAUCUGGAAGCUGUGUAAGGAGCACAGGAUCCCUGCCAACAUAGCCGACGUGCCUUCGGAAUGUGAUUUUUAUUUCGGGAGCGUCCACCGGGAUGGGCCGUUACAGAUCAUGGUGAGUACGAAUGGCAACGGGCCGAAAUUGGCGAGCAUAGUUCGCAAACACAUUGCGCGGUCGUUACCAGGGAAUACUGGGGCUGCGAUCGAAAAUGUGGGUCGAUUGAGGAGGAGGCUGAGAGACUUGGCGGCAUCGCAGAAGGAUGGACCGAAGAGGAUGAAAUGGAUUUCCCGAAUAUGCGAAACGUGGAGUCUGGAAGAGCUCGUAGAGAUGGAUGAGGAUGAUAUUGAGACUCUACUCGGCUACUAUCCUUCAGACAGUGUGCCAACGUUCGAGCAAGUGCGUCUGGGAGAGAAUGCGGGCGUGACGGUAUUUGACGGGAGCAUGGGCUUCAGUUGCUAA